AUGUUCAGAGCUCAGCCCCUAAAUACAACAUCAGGCCGGGGCCAGAGCCACAGCUGCAGCCUCACAGCCCUCAGCCCCGGGUCGGAUCUAGCCUGUUUCAGGAUGCUGGCUGGGACUCUGCUGCUCAUCUGUGUGAUGGUUCUGUUCUCUGCAGAUGCAGAGGAUAAGUCCAGGCUUUACAGAAGGCCCUCCUGUGUGGGAGUCAGUGCCACUCAGAUGUGUCCUCUGAAUUACUCCCCAGUGUGUGGCAGCAAUGGCAUCACCUACCCCAACGAGUGUUCUCUGUGUGUCCACCGGCUGGAGAAAAAUGCUGACAUUUUGAUAGUUAAAGAUGGGCCCUGCUGA